AUGCCGCGCCGGCCAGUUAUCAGUCAUCAGCCACCACCGUUCGGAUUCAGUGCACUUCGAAGCACCACACUUCUUGUUUGUUUAUCCCACGCAAAUUUGUUGAACGAGCUCAAUCAUGAAGGCGUUCAUUGUGGUACUGCUAGCGAUGGCCAUUGCUUUGGUGGCUGUUUCCCGGCAGCGGACCUCCCGAGUGGGUCGUCCGCCGAGCUGGAAAGGGCAAACCGGGUGGCCCGGAGCAGCGCGUGGGAUGACGACCACCAUCACGAGGUCAAGGAGAUCGUCAUUCACAAGACGAAGACAGUUCCCGUUCCGUAUCCGGUCGAGAAGAAGGUCCCGGUUAUUGUGGAGAAGAAGGUCCCCGUUAUCAUCACCAAGACGAUACCGGUAUCGAUUAAAAUUAAGCGCGUCAAGCAUAAGCACUAGGCUGCACGACUGAUCUAGGGUAAAACUAAUAAAAACAAAAAUGUAGCUACAAA